CUGGUUUCUGCGGCUGAGCAACGCGCUUCAGGCACUCAGCACCACUUUCACCGCUCACCGCUUGCCAAGCAUCACCAUCAGGUUCAACCAAGAAAUGUAUUACAGACUUUCUCGUCACCGAAUAACAUCUCCUCUCCAGUGUAACGAUGUAUGUCAACAAGAUCGAGGCACAACCCCCCCCUCCACCUCGACAUUACAAUCCACCACCCCCAGCUCGGCGCCCAACCAACCCUUAUGACGUCGAUGAAACAAGAUCCAAUAAUGUCAAGUUUCCGGGAGAGUAUUAUUCCUAUGGCUAUGGAGCACCACCCCGGCCUUCGACUGAAUAUGCUGGACAUGGACCCCGUGGACGUAGUCCGCCUCCGCCUCCUCCUUCGACCUAUUCUCGCCCAGCCGCCGGCCGUACCAACUACACGCGACCAUCAACUCGUAGGACACACCACACAGUGACACAUACACGGUAUACUUCACCUGUUCGUGAGCGUGAUAGACGCGAUUUCUCACCAGCCUCGCCAACAUAUUCCCCGGCGUAUUCACCUACUUCGCCUGUCCUGGCACCAGCUCACCCUAGACGAUCAUCCAUUGAGUAUAUCCGCGUCCCAGAAUACCCGGUGGAACAACGAAAAACCGAGUUCAUUGUUGAGAAGAGGAGAGAUGCUGCUUCAAGUGCCGAGGAAGCUGAGUGGGACUACAAGAGGCCGCCCAGGCGAAAAAGAACUCAGGAUGAGAGGGAUGAUGGGAACCUGGAUGAGGAAGACUUGGUUCUUAUGGGGAUGUGGGAGACUGAUGCUGCAUUUGAGUCCGGGCCGACGAGGAAUCCGGUUGCUACAGGUCCUUACUCCUUCGUGCCACCAAGUGCUUCCAAAGAUCCCCUGGGAGAUGUGAGCAAAUUGUCAGACGACGACUCUCUGGAUACAACAGAGCAGGAUAUUGAAGCCGCUGAAAGUUUAACUGGGACUGCGUAUCAAGUGCUCGAGUCCGGCUACACAGGCGACGGAAUGAUAGGUGGACAGCAUGGUGCGCAGUUGGUGAUAACUCCAGGGGAACGUGUACAGCACCAGCCUGUCUUUCGGUGGAUUCACUUUACCCAUAAGUCCAUGGACUUUGAUAACUUUGCAACCCAGACAACACGCUUGCUUGGCCUGACCAAAAGCGAACGGAAAGGUGUCGCCGAUCUAAUCGCACGGGUCAAGCGUCAAGGCAUCAAGCAAAUACAAACCUCGAACGGCUCCUACGUGCGACAUAUGGAGCCAAAGUUCCUCCAAAUGCCUGUUCCUUUUGACCCCAGUCUCAAGGAGCAAAGCUUUGCCAACCGGACCGUCACAUGGAUCUGCCUACCGUACUUUUCUCUAGAGAAGUAUUCCGGCCUUCUCGCCGCCGAAAACGCCAGCAGCUUUCCCGUUCAAACGCUGCUCCAGGCUCAGUUUUCGAGAGCCACCAAGGACCGUGAUAUGCAACAGGCUGUGCGUCAGCUCAAAGGAGCGCCUGCUGAGCUAUGCUUCCAUAUAGCACAACUCUGGUGUAUCGUGGUAGACAAUUCUCUUCUCCUGACAUGUGGUCGAAUGCCGUUUAGCGCCCUCUGCGGCAACAAUGUACACAGGGUCACAAAGACAGCCCAGGAGAUAUCAACGCUGAAGCCCGCCGCCAGAGUCUUCAUUCGUUAUCAGAACAAUAUUGUCUGGGCACUACCGACUGAAGAAUGCGGAAGCUGGUUUUCCUUCAUGGCACACUUCCUCGAGUUUUGGCCUCGCACUCUCAGUUUCUUCUACUACAAAAGACCCGUCAAACCUGAUGAGUGGCCGUGGAUCACAAAGCUGGCUUCCCGUUCUCGUGCUGGAAUCUUGCUCGAAAUGCAGAUUGGACACAAGCCGGCGCUGCCAUCUCCUAUGGGCCUCUCAUCUCUCAAACGGGAGGAGUGUGAUGACGAAGUACAAUUUUCGGCCUCGAAGCAGCCUGAUGACUCGAGUCAGAGAAAGACAGUUCGGAUCACCAUUCCCCGGGAGGGCAAGAAAACUGCAGAGUCAAAGCCGAACUCUGCCUUUGCCGUCUUCACCUGUCUGGACGGUGUAUCAAACUCAGGUAUAGGCGGGAUCAACUAUGACGUCUUCAAGGACUACUUUGUGCAGGUUGACGAGUAUUUGCUUAACAAAACCGCACGCCAGGAUCAAAAAGCCUACAGCGAGUUGCGGCAGUCGAAACGCCGCGAUGUGUACAAGCUUCUUGAGGAGGAAGGAGAGAAAGCGAAAGAAGAAUCACCGCCCUCGGAACGUGAGAAAAAGAUAUACGAGAGUCGAGUGAGCUUCUUCAACAAGGCCGACAUCGUCUUCAAAUUCUUUUUUCCGUCCGAGUUGGAGGUUCCGACUGUUAAUAGGUUCUGGGGUAUUGUUUUGAGUCUAAUAGAGCACCCAACGUUGGAGCCUGACGAUCCUGUUGAACCUCGCUCCAAAGAGAUAAACAAAGCAAAACGGUCCUUGCAAGUGGAGAAGCUUUCCCGCCAGCGAAACGAAGUCACCAAGACUCUCGACCGACAAAUUGCUGCCCUCUCCUCCUUCAACGCCACAUUCAGCGCCGCCUCCCCAGAAGACCUCGAAAAAGUCCACACCCCCUGGCUCCUCGUCGACGCCUGGAUCCACAUCCUCCUCGGCCUCGCCAUCUCCCCCAAAAACACGACCCGCUCCGAAUUCCUCCUCGACUCCGGCCUCUCCUCCCUCCGCCAAGGAACCGACACCAUGAUCCAAUCAGUCGCCAACUCGUUCGAACGAACCCUUUUCGAUAGAUCAGUCAUCCUCCCAACGGACCUCUUCUCCCUCAUAAGCAUGCAGCUUCUCAAAGACAUCACCCCCGCCCUUCCCGACAUCAGCGAGACCUACUCUUCCUAUCUCGACACCAUCGAAUCCGACAUCACCACCAAACCCUCCACCCGCACCCACGAGUACAAACUGGGGAGGCUCAAACAAGAAGUGUCCAUCGUCCAAUGGACCGUCGCGUGGCAGAGGUCAAUCUUUGACGCAAUGUCGCAGAGUUCAACGCGGAACUGGAGGAUGCAACCCCGCCACCCCCAUGCGAGUCACAGGGGGAUGUACACCUACACGCAACUCCCCUCCCCAGACAUAACCGUCAGUACCCACGGAUACAGACAACUACUCAUCGAUGAGAUAAUCAGCUUUACCGACCGCCGCGACAAGGAGUUUAGUGAACUGCGGAGCCAUGCUUCGCAUUUGGAGGAGUUUAAUAGGAAUAAGCUGGAUACCACCCGUGACAGGCAGGAGAGGGCGAUUUACGCGUUUACGAUUGUGACGAUUGUUUUUCUGCCGUUGAGCUCGAUUGCGAGCAUUUUUGGGAUGAAUUCGGCUGACGUGAGGGAUAUGGAGGUUGGGCAGUGGGCUUAUUGGGUUACUGCGGUGCCGGUGACGGUCGGGGUUGUUUUGAUGGGGUUGUGGUGGACGGGGGAGUUGGGGGGGGUUGUUAGGACGGGGAUGGAGUGGGUGAGGGGUUGGGGGGAGGGGGUAAGGUGGAGGGAGAGGGAAGAGGAUAUGGUGCCUAUGAUGGGGGGGUAUGAUGGUGGUGGUGAGAGGGUUGGGUGGAGGGAGAAAGGGGUGUAUGUGGUUGGAGGGGUGAGGAAGAGGAGGUGA